AUGUCAAUUUGUAUCGCGCUUGCAUCUUUAAUUGGACCCAUCGUUGGAGGCGCCCUGGCACAAGAUUCGCAGUGGAGAUGGGUUUUCCUCAUUAACGCCCCCUUGUGCGCCAUUGCAAUCAUUCUCAUUCUUUUUGUGAUGCCAAAACACUUUGGCCUUGACCAACACACACCUUCAUUUCGAACGAGAGCUUCAUACCGCUCAUUUGCCACUCUGGACUUCGUGGGCUCUUUUCUCGCAAUGGCGGGCUCUUUCUUAAUCGUGACUGUAUUAAACGAAGCUAAUCUAGCAUUUGCAUGGAGUUCAAGAGGCUCGGUUGCUUUACUUGUACUCACUGGUGUUUCCUGGGUCUUUUUCUUUGCUUGGGAGUGGCAUAUUUCGAGUGUCGCGGGACAAGACCCUAUAUUCCCCAAACGUUGGAUCUUUGACCUACCAUGGAUGGGCCUUCUCAUCUCCUCAUUCGUUACUGGCGCAGUAUGGAAUGUUGUUUUGGUUUAUGUACCUCAGCAAGCACAGAUCCUCUUGAACAAGUCACCUUUAGAUUCUGGCAUUUAUCUUAUCGGAUAUUCUGCUGUUGCAGCGGUUUCCGCGGCUAUCGUCAACAUUGCUAGUUCGAGAGGGCGGAUUCCAUUCAUUUACUCCCUGUUUGUUGGAUGUGUGAUCCACACCAUCGGCGUCGGUCUUUUAUCAACAAUUACAAAUUCGGCCGGUUUCCAUAGUACAGAUAUCGCGUACGAGGUUAUUUCCGGUGCUGGAAUCGGGAUAACUAUGGGUGUGCUAUUGCUAGCAACCCCGUAUGUCGUUGAGGACAGGGAUCUCGCCAUCGCAACUGGGACUAUUGUUCAAUUUCGGUUUCUUGGUGGUGCCAUUGGCCUCGCGAUCUCAUCCAACAUUCUGAACGGUCGCCUUGCACAUCAUUUGAAAGGAAUUCUGUCCCCACACACUCUGCAUUUCGUUCUGGAGAAUUCCAAUUUUAUGGAAGGGUUGUCCCCAACUGUUCAGGAUGCAGUAAAACAAGUAUUUGCCGAUAGCUACAGUACGCAGCUGAAAGUUAUGAUAGGCUUUGCGGCUGCUCAAUUACCAGCAGUCCUUCUUCUGAUUAAGUCUAGGCGCCAAAUUGCGGCAGACAAAGUCCUCCCUGAAACUAAUUCAGUAUAA